UGGACUCCUUCCUGUGCUGAACCUGAACGUCUCCUGGCUUUUCAGUGUGUUUGCUCGAAACUGGUGAAGUGGCCCAGCCUUCCCCCAUGUAGGACGAGCUACACCUGGGACAACUAGUCGGGAUAAUUCACCCACAGCAAUGCGGUAAAAAAAUGACGACUCUCGGCGGUGUAGUUGGACGCUGGCCAGUCUCUGAGCUGUUUUAAAGUUCGUUUGUCAGUGAGUUCACAGUGAUCUCUUUGUUUUAGCUAGCGAUAGGUUAGCUGCUGCUGCUGCUUCCGGGGAGGGGGGGAACCUCCACACAGAAAAAUCAAAAUGAAGACAUGGAGAUAACAUUGUGACUAUGGACGAUUGUUUCACUUGUUGAUCCAGCUUUUGAGAUGCAGACAUAGACCUCACGAAAUAUACUGGACACAGUUUUUGAGGAGAUAAGCAGCUGUGUAGAAACGGACGCAGAACUUUCCCUGUGCAACAGACGUUUGGACUGAGCCAAUGGCUACAACAGAAACCAAGAUCGCCAGCAGCAGCUACACCGCAGGCCUUUCAUGGGCCAGAGUUUGUAAGGAGUGUGGCCAGCAGCAUGACGGCCUGGACAGUCACCUGUACGAGUACCAGGAUGAUGUGGAUGAUGAGCUGGUAUGCCACAUCUGUCUGCAGCCCCUACUCAAACCUAUGGACACCCCUUGUGGCCACACUUACUGCUUUCAUUGUCUGAGCAACUUCUUGAAAGAGCAGGACUUCUGCCCUGUGGACCGCCAGCGGCUGCAGUUACAUCAGUGCCGUCCAUCCAGCCUGCUGGUCAGGAACCUGCUGGACAAGUUGACUGUGACAUGCCCUCACUAUGCAGACUGCCAGCAGCAGAUGCAACGGUGUGAACUACAGCCUCACCUGCACAACAGAUGUCCUGUUUUUAGAAGACUGAGGGAGGAAGCAGAGAAGAGGAAGAGGCCCUCUUGGAACGAGUUGAAGGGACGAAAGGGUGACAACGAGUCAUCUGUUGAUGCUAAACAUUCAGCAACACAACCCCGAAAUCCCACAAGAGAUCAGCCUGAGCCUGGGCUAAUUAAUCCUGCCUUUGAAGAAAGUGAGGAUGACAACACCCCCCUGCGGUCCAGUCUGGUGGCUGAGGCCAAUGUGGUGGAGCUGUUCAGAGAGGAGCCUGAGCAGGAGCUGGGCCUGCGCAUCGUGGGGGGGAAAGACACACCGCUGGGGAACGUAGUCAUCCAGGAGAUUGUCCGCGACUCGCUAGCAGCUCGCGAUGGCAGACUGGCCCCAGGGGACCAUAUCUUAGAGGUGAAUGACGUCAGUCUGGCUUCUGUCCCUCACGCUCGGGCCAUCGCAGUGCUGAGGCAGCCUGGCCCUCUCAGGCUCACUGUAAUGCAGGAGAAAGGUUUCAAAUCAAGAGAUCCACGCUCUGAUCAUCACCCUUCCUCGUCCAACACUUCCACUGCCCCCCAGCCUUCCCACAGUAACCAUGGCAACGCUACCUCCAAUCACAACCCUGGCACAGUCCUGCAGGUGAUGCUAAUGAAGAGUCUGCGCACCGAACCGCUCGGCAUCAAACUCAUCCGCAAAUCAGAUGAGAGUGGGGUUUUCAUCCUGGACCUGCUGGCCGGUGGUUUGGCAGCCAAAGAUGGAAAACUGAGGAACAAUGACAAGGUGUUGGCCAUCAACGGACAUGACCUGAGACAUGGUACACCUGAGAGCGCCGCCCAGAUCAUACAGGCCAGCGAGGUGCGUGUGAACUUUGUGGUGAUGAGGCCUGCAGACACUCAGGAGGAAGGAGGAAGCAGCAGAGAGGGACAACACAGCAGAGCAGCCAGGAGGGCGCCUGAGCCGCAGUACUUUAGACGGCGGUCCACCUACAUGAAAGAUCCUCCAGGUGGGUUUUCCAGCCAGGAGAAGACCGUGAGCCUGAAGAAGGAGCCUCGGCUUUCCCUGGGCAUUACCAUUGCUGGGGGGAGAGACUGUCGCAGCCGCCUGCCUGUCUACAUCACAAGUGUGCAGCCCGUCGGUUGUCUGCACCGAGAUGGCACCAUCAAAAGAGGUGACGUUCUGCUGAGUAUCAACGGUGUAGACCUGACCCAGCUGUCAUACAACGAGGCCGUUUCUGCACUGAAGGCACAGACAGCUCAGCCCCAGGUGGUGCUCCGUGUCAUCCAGACCGUCUCCGAGGACUCAGAGGAGGACCCCGAGGCUGCCAACAAGGAUGAAAUGGACCCCAUGGACGACCCACGAGAAGACGCCCUCAACUGGACUCCGCUGUGGACUCGCUGGCUUGGAUUACCGAGCCCAAUGCACUGGUGCCGGGACAUCGUCCUGCAAAAGACCAACAAUGAGAGCUGGGGCUUCAGUAUCGUCGGAGGCUACGAGGAGAGCCACGGCCAGCAGCCCUUCUUCAUCAAAACCAUCGUGCCUGGUACACCUGCUCACUUUGACGGACGCCUUAAGUGCGGUGAUGAGAUAGUGGCGGUCAACGGAGCCACAACAGUGGGAAUGAACAACUCGUCUCUCAUCCCCAUGCUCAAGCUGCAGAAGAAUAAAGUCACGCUGACUGUGGUGUCGUGGCCUGGGAGUCUGGUGUAGCAAAAAAGAAACUCACUCACUCUUGUUUUCCUUUCUCUCACUCUGUUUGGUGUGCACACAAACAUGUACGUGUUCAGCGGCAUUCCUUGCAAGGCCACUCACUGUCCCUGCCACUUUGUUAGGUUACUUUGUUGUAAGGGCUUUUUAUCAGCUAUGUAAUACAGAACAUGUGUGUACUUAAGAAUCACCCCCGUGCACAGAAGAAAUGACUCUCACAAGCAUAAUCUCGGCAGUUACCUGUUUGGUUGUAAUGUCUGGUGCAUGCAAAGGACGUUGAUUGUGUAACUCGGUGAACACUUUGGGGUUUAUUCAGGGUGCAAACAUGAUGACAAUCAGUGAAUUAUAUGCAAGGAACAAAGUGGAAGGAUUGUUAUUUUAUUGGAACACCUUUUUGAUCCUUUUCUGAAGCUCAGUAUAUUUUUGCUUACCUGUUAAAUGAUGUUAUCAUUUGUUAGUCACGACUUGAUUCAAGUAAUUUGCAUAAACAGCAUCCAAAGAUGAAAUACGGUGCAAAUAUGUAGACUUAUAUAUAGAUGAGUACAUAUAUCAAAAUGACUCCUGACUGUAUAGACUGAUGCCAAAGACACAAAAAUCAUCCUGUCAUAUACCUGUUAUACCACUAGUGUGAUUUUAUCAACUUUAUUUUUAUUGCACUUUUUAAAACCUUGCAACAGAAUGCUUUAAGUAGGAUAAUAAAGCCAUUAUGGAAAUUUGAGUAACGAAUCAAACAGUCACAUUUUCCUACAGACGAUUUGCUGGAGUUGACUCAAGCUGCAUUCAAGUUCUUAAGGGCUUAAAAGGUUGGGAAUACUUAUAAUGCAAAGAUACUGUCCUAUCCAAGUAACCACUUAUAUUCCACACACUCCUAAAAUUAAUAGGAAACCUGUAUAAACCAUUUAAUUGGGAUUGCACUGGCAGGAAACUGCUUGGGUCCAAGUUUAUUUCCUGUCAGCUGUUGAUACUUGUAAACAGUGCAGCAGGAAAUACGUUUGGACAUAUUUAGAAACUGUGAGUUGGUGAAUAGAAGGUAAUAUUAAGGUAUCACAAUCCCAUUGCGGAUGUUUGUUUUUUCUUUCUUUAAAAGGGUUUGUCAAUAAAUAAAGACGUUCAACAGCUUUUCAUUUAUUAAUUGAUACAUGUAAAAUUGCCAGUGCUCUGUAUUUAUUUUGAAAUUAUAUAAUGGCUCAUACUGAAUGGCUUUGAUAAGUGAGUGCUUUGUAGACACUGAAGGACAAACCAGAAUGUACACUUGCCUUAAAUGUCCACAGUACCAAAAUGUUUUUUCCCCUCAUGAUUGUUGCGGCCUUGUUAAGAUCAUUUGUGUUACCUCUUUCUUUUUAUGUCGACACAUUCCCAGUGGCCUUUCUUGUAUUGAUACAAGACAUUAUUGAACAGUUCAGAAUAUUGUUUUCAAGUCCGGCUGUGAAAUAAUAAAGUUGGUAAUAUGUGCGUUGGCCCCGUCCGCUGUUUCAUCACGUUCAAUAAAAGCAUAACAAAUGA